AGAGGGGGAAUCGGGGAGUUUCAUCAUUCGAAAUUGAUGAGGGAGCGCGCAACACCGACAGGCGGAGACAGCCACAAGGCCCAUGGGCUUGCAGCCAAAGCGUGAAAAGUAGAUCGCUCCAGUGGGCGGGCGGGCGCCAAGCGGUAUGGAGAAGAUAGCAGCCUCUUUGCAGCUGCUGGACUGUGGUGAGGUUUCGUGCAGUAUACACAUUGGACGGAGAAGACGUGGACGUGUCUGUCCCCGAUUGAUGACCCUGUCUCUCCCUCUCCUUCUCCCUCUCCCUUACUCCUCUUCCUCCCUCCUCUCUUCGUCCGCCUCCGCCGCCGCUUUCCCCCGUUUUGAGGUCUCUAACUCCUCAUCUCUCCGCGGCAUGGCAGUGCGCAUGUUUGUCUCAGGUUGUCUCGCGCUCCCUGGCUUUUAUCCGCGCGACAGACAUUUCAGUGUGGGGAGGAGAAGUCAGCAGUGUGAUCACCCUACCAGUCGUCAUUGAGACGGUAAUAAUGGAAUUGGAAGGGGCAAGCUUUCGCUGGCUGGGCCACGCAUCGACCGCCAUCAACGGCGACCAUUCGUGUGAAUCUUCUUUCGUCGAUGAUGCGGAACGCCUAAACAACCGUUCUCUUCUUGCUAGCCUUCCCUGUGCGUUUUCGUAGUCAAUGCCGAAAACCGUUACCGUGGGGUAGAGAUU